CAUUCUCUUGGUCGUCUUUGGGCUGUUAAGAACACAGAACUUACAAAUACUGCCAAGCUGUGCAACUGUUCACAAAUUCCACUUCAUACAGAAACACAGUACACGGCUGUCAAAGCUGGUAACAGACUGGCGUACUCCACCCUCACAAACUGUCUCCAACCAGCCUACUGCAAUAGUGGCACCAGUCAGGAUGAUGAGGUGGUUCUGCAGUGCACCGCGACUGUCCACAAAGAACAGCAGAAACUAUGUUUGGCAGCAGAAGGAUUUGGCAACAGACUUUGUUUCUUGGAGUCCACUUCCAACUCCAAGAAUGUCCCCCCAGACCUCUCCAUCUGUACCUUUGUGCUGGAACAGUCCCUCUCUGUCCGGGCCCUGCAGGAGAUGCUGGCUAACACGAUGGAGAAAUCGGAAGGGCAAGUUGAUGUGGAAAAAUGGAAAUUCAUGAUGAAGACUGCUCAAGGUGGUGGCCAUCGGACACUCCUUUAUGGACACGCCAUACUGUUGCGUCAUUCCUAUAGCGGCAUGUACUUGUGCUGCCUGUCCACGUCCCGGUCUUCCACUGAUAAGCUGGCUUUCGAUGUGGGCUUGCAAGAGGACACCACAGGCGAGGCUUGCUGGUGGACGAUACAUCCUGCCUCCAAGCAGCGAUCAGAAGGAGAAAAAGUGCGUGUCGGGGACGACCUCAUCUUAGUUAGUGUGUCCUCGGAAAGGUACUUGCACUUGUCCUAUGGCAAUGGCAGCUUACACGUGGACGCCGCCUUCCAGCAGACUCUCUGGAGCGUGGCCCCAAUCAGCUCAGGAAGUGAAGCAGCCCAAGGGUAUCUGAUCGGUGGGGAUGUCCUCAGGUUGCUGCACGGGCACAUGGAUGAAUGUCUCACCGUCCCUUCAGGAGAACACGGUGAAGAGCAGCGGAGAACUGUUCAUUUUGAAGGCGGUGCUAUAUCUGUUCACGCACGUUCCCUUUGGAGACUAGAGACGCUGAGAGUCGCGUGGAGUGGAAGCCACAUAAGAUGGGGCCAGCCAUUCCGACUACGCCAUGUCACUACAGGAAAAUAUCUGAGUCUCAUGGAAGACAAAACCCUUCUACUCAUGGACAAAGAGAAAGCUGAUGUGAAAUCAACAGCAUUUACCUUCCGGUCUUCCAAGGAAAAAUUGGAUGUAGGGGUAAGAAAAGAAGUUGAUGGAAUGGGAACAUCUGAAAUAAAAUAUGGCGACUCUGUGUGCUUCAUACAACACGUAGACACAGGCCUGUGGCUUACUUACCAGUCUGUGGAUGUGAAGUCUGUAAGAAUGGGAUCUAUACAACGUAAGGCUAUCAUGCACCAUGAAGGCCACAUGGAUGAUGGCUUGAAUUUAUCCAGAUCUCAGCACGAAGAGUCACGCACCGCUCGAGUCAUCCGGAGCACCGUCUUCCUUUUCAAUAGAUUCAUUAGGGGCCUUGAUGCUCUCAGCAAGAAAGUGAAACCUUCCACAGUCGACUUGCCCAUAGAGUCUGUGAGUCUCAGUCUGCGGGACCUGAUCGGCUAUUUCCACCCCCCAGAUGAGCAUUUAGAACAUGAGGACAAACAGAACCGACUACGGGCCCUGAAGAAUCGGCAGAAUCUCUUCCAGGAAGAGGGAAUGAUCAGCCUUGUGCUGGAGUGCAUAGACCGCCUGCACGUCUACAGCAGUGCCGCACACUUUGCUGACGUCGCGGGGCGAGAGGCCGGGGAAUCUUGGAAGUCCAUUCUCAAUUCUCUGUAUGAGUUGCUGGCGGCUCUAAUUAGAGGAAAUCGUAAAAACUGUGCUCAAUUUUCCGGCUCCCUCGACUGGUUGAUCAGCAGAUUGGAAAGACUGGAAGCUUCUUCUGGUAUUCUUGAAGUUCUACACUGUGUGUUAGUUGAAAGUCCCGAAGCUCUUAAUAUUAUUAAAGAAGGGCAUAUUAAAUCCAUUAUCUCACUUUUAGACAAGCAUGGAAGAAACCACAAGGUUCUGGACGUCUUGUGCUCACUCUGCGUCUGCCAUGGGGUGGCCGUGCGCUCUAACCAGCACCUCAUCUGUGACAAUCUCUUACCAGGAAGAGAUCUGCUACUGCAGACCCGUCUUGUGAACCACGUCAGCAGCAUGAGACCCAAUAUUUUUCUGGGUGUCAGUGAGGGGUCUGCGCAGUAUAAGAAGUGGUACUACGAGUUGAUGGUGGACCACACGGAACCCUUUGUGACAGCCGAAGCAACUCACCUGAGAGUAGGCUGGGCUUCCACGGAAGGGUACUCUCCCUACCCUGGAGGGGGCGAAGAGUGGGGUGGAAAUGGCGUUGGAGAUGACCUCUUCUCCUACGGAUUCGAUGGCCUUCAUCUCUGGUCAGGUUGUAUUGCUCGUACUGUCAGCUCACCCAACCAGCACCUGUUGAGAACUGAUGACGUCAUCAGUUGCUGUUUAGAUCUAAGCACUCCAAGCAUCUCCUUCCGAAUUAAUGGACAACCUGUUCAAGGAAUGUUUGAGAAUUUCAACAUUGAUGGCCUCUUCUUUCCAGUUGUUAGUUUCUCUGCAGGAAUAAAGGUGCGCUUUCUGCUUGGGGGACGUCAUGGAGAGUUCAAAUUCCUUCCUCCACCUGGGUACGCACCUUGUUACGAAGCUGUCCUGCCAAAAGAGAAAUUGAAAGUGGAACACAGUCGAGAGUACAAGCAAGAGAGGAGUUACACCCGGGACCUGCUGGGCCCCACGGUUUCCCUGACACAAGCUGCCUUCACGCCGAUCCCUGUGGACACCACCCAGAUCGUGUUGCCGCCUCAUCUAGAGAGGAUAAGAGAAAAACUGGCAGAGAAUAUCCAUGAACUCUGGGUUAUGAAUAAAAUUGAACUUGGCUGGCAGUAUGGCCCGGUGAGAGAUGACAAUAAGAGACAGCACCCGUGUCUGGUGGAGUUCUCCAAGCUGCCUGAGCAGGAACGCAACUACAACUUACAGAUGUCACUGGAGACCUUGAAAACUUUGCUGGCCUUAGGAUGUCAUGUGGGUAUAUCCGAUGAACAUGCGGAAGAAAAGGUGAAAAAAAUGAAGUUACCCAAGAAUUACCAGCUAACAAGUGGAUACAAGCCUGCCCCAAUGGACCUGAGCUUUAUAAAACUCACUCCAUCUCAAGAAGCAAUGGUGGACAAGUUGGCAGAAAAUGCCCACAACGUGUGGGCCCGGGAUCGGAUCCGACAGGGCUGGACGUAUGGCAUCCAGCAGGAUGUAAAGAACAGAAGAAACCCUCGCCUGGUUCCCUACACUCUCCUGGAUGACCGAACCAAGAAAUCGAACAAGGACAGCCUCCGGGAGGCCGUGCGGACGCUGCUGGGGUACGGGUACCACCUGGAAGCACCCGAUCAGGACCAUGCUGCCAGAGCUGAAGUGUGCAGUGGCACCGGGGAAAGGUUCCGAAUCUUCCGUGCUGAGAAGACCUACGCAGUGAAGGCGGGACGGUGGUACUUUGAAUUUGAGGCUGUCACUGCUGGGGACAUGCGGGUUGGCUGGAGCAGGCCGGGGUGUCAGCCGGAUCAGGAGCUUGGCUCUGAUGAACGUGCCUUUGCUUUCGAUGGCUUCAAGGCCCAGCGGUGGCACCAGGGCAAUGAGCACUACGGACGCUCUUGGCAGGCAGGUGACGUCGUGGGGUGUAUGGUUGACAUGAACGAACACACCAUGAUGUUCACACUGAACGGCGAAAUCCUUCUUGAUGAUUCAGGUUCAGAGCUGGCUUUCAAGGACUUUGAUGUGGGCGAUGGAUUCAUACCUGUAUGUAGCCUUGGAGUAGCUCAAGUGGGCAGGAUGAACUUUGGAAAGGAUGUCAGCACCUUGAAAUACUUCACCAUCUGUGGCUUACAAGAGGGCUAUGAACCAUUUGCUGUUAAUACAAACAGGGAUAUUACCAUGUGGCUGAGCAAGAGGCUUCCUCAGUUUCUCCAAGUUCCAUCAAACCAUGAACAUAUUGAGGUGACCAGAAUAGAUGGCACCAUAGACAGCUCCCCGUGCUUAAAGGUCACCCAGAAGUCAUUUGGUUCUCAGAACAGCAGCAGCGACAUCAUGUUUUACCGCCUGAGCAUGCCCAUCGAGUGUGCGGAGGUCUUCUCCAAGACUGUGCCCGGAGGGCUCCCUGGUGCUGGCCUCUUUGGGCCCAAGAAUGAUUUGGAGGAUUACGAUGCAGACUCUGACUUUGAGGUUUUAAUGAAGACAGCUCAUGGCCAUCUGGUGCCUGGUGUUGACAAAGACAAAGAAACUACAAAACCAGAGUUUAAUAACCACAAAGAUUAUGCUCAGGAAAAGCCCUCUCGCCUGAAACAAAGAUUUCUGCUUAAAAGAACAAAGCCAGAUUACAGCACAAGCCAUUCUGCAAGACUCACGGAAGACGUGCUUGCAGAUGACCGAGACGAUUACGACUACCUGAUGCAGACGUCCACGUACUAUUACUCAGUGAGAAUCUUUCCCGGACAAGAACCCGCUAAUGUCUGGGUGGGUUGGAUUACAUCAGAUUUCCAUCAGUAUGAUACAGGCUUUGACUUGGACAGAGUUCGUACAGUAACAGUUACUCUAGGAGAUGAAAAAGGAAAAGUGCACGAAAGCAUCAAACGCAGCAACUGCUAUAUGGUAUGUGCGGGUGAGAACAUGAGCCCUGGGCAAGGACGCAAUAAUAAUGGACUGGAGAUUGGCUGUGUUGUGGAUGCUGCCAGCGGGCUGCUCACAUUCAUUGCCAAUGGCAAGGAACUGAGCACAUACUACCAGGUGGAGCCAAGUACAAAAUUAUUUCCUGCAGUUUUUGCACAAGCGACAAGUCCCAAUGUUUUCCAGUUUGAGCUGGGAAGAAUAAAGAAUGUGAUGCCUCUCUCAGCGGGAUUAUUCAAGAGUGAGCACAAGAACCCGGUGCCACAGUGCCCCCCACGGCUGCACGUGCAGUUCCUGUCGCACGUCCUGUGGAGCAGGAUGCCCAACCAGUUUUUGAAGGUGGAUGUGUCUCGGAUAAGUGAACGCCAAGGCUGGCUGGUGCAGUGCCUGGACCCUCUGCAGUUCAUGUCUCUUCAUAUCCCCGAGGAAAACAGAUCUGUGGACAUCUUAGAGUUGACAGAGCAGGAGGAACUGCUGAAGUUUCACUAUCACACUCUCCGGCUCUACUCAGCCGUCUGCGCUCUUGGGAACCACCGGGUGGCCCAUGCCCUGUGCAGCCAUGUCGAUGAACCCCAGCUCCUCUACGCCAUCGAGAACAAGUACAUGCCAGGCUUGCUGCGUGCCGGCUACUACGACCUCCUGAUUGACAUCCACCUCAGCUCCUACGCCACCGCCAGGCUUAUGAUGAACAACGAGUUCAUCGUCCCCAUGACAGAGGAGACAAAGAGCAUCACCCUUUUCCCAGAUGAGAACAAAAAGCACGGCCUUCCGGGGAUUGGCCUCAGCACCUCCCUCAGGCCGCGGAUGCAGUUCUCCUCCCCCAGCUUUGUAAGCAUCAAUAAUGAAUGUUACCAGUACAGCCCCGAGUUCCCACUGGACAUCCUGAAGGCCAAAACCAUACAGAUGCUGACGGAAGCAGUGAAGGAGGGCGGCCUUCAUGCCCGGGACCCGGUUGGGGGGACCACUGAGUUCCUCUUUGUGCCUCUCAUCAAGCUGUUCUAUACCCUGCUGAUCAUGGGCGUCUUUCACAACGAGGACCUGAAGCACAUCUUGCAGCUGAUCGAGCCCAGCGUGUUUAAAGAAGCAGCCACUGGGGAGGAGGAGAGCGACACACCCGAGAAGGAGCUCAGUGCCGAAGACUCAAAGCUGGAAGGGGCCAGCGAAGAAGAGGCCAAAGGGGGUAAGAGGCCCAAGGAGGGCCUACUCCAAAUGAAACUGCCAGAGCCAGUUAAACUGCAGAUGUGCCUACUGCUUCAAUACCUCUGUGACUGCCAGGUCCGGCACCGGAUAGAAGCCAUCGUAGCCUUUUCUGAUGACUUUGUAGCUAAGCUUCAAGACAAUCAACGCUUCCGGUAUAAUGAAGUGAUGCAAGCCUUAAAUAUGUCAGCUGCACUCACAGCAAGAAAGACAAAGGAAUUUAGAUCCCCACCUCAAGAACAGAUCAAUAUGCUUCUCAAUUUCAAGGAUGACAAAAGUGAAUGUCCGUGUUCUGAAGAAAUUCGUGACCAGCUGUUGGAUUUCCACGAGGAUUUGAUGACACACUGUGGUAUUGAGCUGGAUGAAGAUGGGUCCCUGGAUGGAAACAGUGAUUUGACAAUCAGAGGACGUCUGCUGUCCCUGGUGGAGAAGGUGACAUACUUAAAGAAGAAACAAGCAGAGAAGCCAAUUGAGAGUGACUUGAGGAAGUCCUCCACACUUCAGCAGUUGAUUUCUGAGACCAUGGUACGAUGGGCUCAGGAGUCUGUCAUUGAGGACCCUGAGUUGGUGAGGGCCAUGUUUGCCUUGCUCCAUCGGCAGUACGACGGCAUCGGGGGUCUGGUCCGGGCUCUGCCCAAGACCUACACCAUCAAUGGCGUCUCUGUGGAGGACACGAUCAAGCUGCUGGCGUCUCUCGGGCAGAUCCGCUCUCUGCUGAGUGUGAGGAUGGGCAAAGAAGAGGAGCAGCUGAUGAUUCAUGGAUUAGGGGAUAUCAUGAAUAACAAAGUAUUCUAUCAACACCCUAAUCUCAUGAGGGCACUGGGGAUGCACGAGACUGUGAUGGAGGUCAUGGUGAAUGUCCUUGGAGGUGGAGAGUCCAAGGAAAUCACGUUUCCCAAGAUGGUGGCCAACUGCUGCCGUUUUCUCUGUUACUUCUGUCGUAUAAGUAGGCAGAAUCAAAAAGCUAUGUUUGAUCAUCUCAGUUAUUUACUGGAGAACAGCAGUGUUGGUCUUGCCUCACCAGCUAUGAGAGGGUCAACGCCACUGGAUGUAGCCGCAGCCUCGGUGAUGGAUAAUAAUGAACUAGCCUUAGCUUUGCGUGAGCCAGAUCUGGAAAAAGUUGUGCGUUAUUUGGCUGGCUGUGGACUGCAGAGCUGCCAGAUGCUGGUGUGUAAAGGCUACCCAGACAUUGGGUGGAAUCCAGUUGAAGGGGAGAGAUACCUAGACUUCCUCAGAUUUGCUGUCUUCUGUAAUGGGGAGAGUGUGGAAGAAAACGCAAAUGUGGUGGUGAGAUUGCUCAUCCGGAGGCCCGAGUGCUUCGGUCCUGCUUUGAGAGGGGAAGGUGGGAAUGGUCUUCUCGCAGCCAUGGAAGAAGCCAUUAAAAUAGCAGAGGAUCCUUCCCGGGAUGGCCCCUCGCCAAACAGUGGAUCCAGUAAAACACUAUUUCCUAGACUAGGUGUCCUCAAACUAUGGCCCACAGGCCAUAUGCGGCCUACCGAGGACAUUUAUCCCGCCUACCGGGUGUUUUUGCAGCCGCUGCCUGUCCUGCUUAGCAGCCGACUUGCCCCGGAGUCCACAUUGAUUCACGCUGGUAAGGGAGAAGCCAUCAGAAUCAGGUCUAUUUUGAGAUCCCUGAUUCCACUGGGAGAUUUGGUGGGAGUAAUCAGCAUCCCUUUUCAGAUGCCAACCGUAGCCAAAGAUGGGAAUGUGGUGGAACCCGACAUGUCUGCGGGGUUUUGCCCAGAUCACAAGGCAGCCAUGGUUUUAUUCCUUGACAGGGUCUAUGGAAUUGAGGUUCAAGAUUUCCUCCUCCAUCUUCUUGAGGUUGGCUUUCUGCCAGAUCUCCGAGCUGCUGCUUCUUUAGAUACGGCUGCUUUGAGUGCUACAGACAUGGCCUUGGCCCUCAAUCGGUACCUUUGCACAGCUGUCUUGCCUUUGUUAACACGAUGUGCUCCUCUGUUUGCUGGCACAGAGCACCAUGCUUCCCUCAUCGACUCAUUACUCCAUACCGUGUACCGACUUUCUAAGGGCUGCUCACUUACCAAAGCACAACGGGAUUCCAUAGAAGUUUGUUUACUCUCUAUUUGUGGCCAGUUGAGACCUUCCAUGAUGCAGCACUUACUCAGAAGAUUAGUAUUUGAUGUUCCAUUAUUGAAUGAGCAUGCAAAGAUGCCCCUUAAGCUGUUGACCAAUCAUUAUGAAAGAUGCUGGAAAUAUUACUGCCUGCCUGGAGGGUGGGGAAAUUUUGGUGCUGCCUCCGAAGAAGAACUUCACUUAUCAAGAAAACUGUUCUGGGGCAUUUUUGAUGCCUUGUCUCAAAAGAAAUAUGAACAAGAACUUUUCAAACUGGCACUGCCUUGCCUGAGUGCCGUUGCGGGCGCUUUGCCUCCAGACUACAUGGAGUCAAAUUAUGUCAGUAUGAUGGAAAAACAGUCAUCCAUGGAUUCUGAAGGGAACUUUAACCCACAACCUGUUGAUACCUCAAACAUUACAAUUCCUGAGAAGCUGGAAUACUUCAUUAACAAAUACGCAGAACACUCCCAUGACAAAUGGUCGAUGGACAAGUUGGCAAAUGGAUGGAUUUAUGGAGAAAUAUAUUCAGACUCCUCCAAGGUUCAACCAUUGAUGAAGCCAUAUAAACUAUUAUCUGAAAAGGAAAAAGAAAUUUAUCGUUGGCCAAUCAAAGAGUCUCUGAAAACUAUGCUGGCUUGGGGUUGGAGAAUUGAAAGAACGCGGGAAGGAGACAGCAUGGCGCUAUAUAACCGGACUCGCCGGAUUUCUCAGACAAGCCAGGUUUCUGUAGAUGCUGCCCAUGGUUACAGCCCCCGGGCCAUUGACAUGAGCAAUGUCACCUUAUCCAGAGACCUGCAUGCUAUGGCAGAAAUGAUGGCUGAAAAUUACCAUAACAUAUGGGCAAAGAAAAAGAAAAUGGAGUUGGAGUCUAAAGGAGGUGGAAACCAUCCCCUGCUGGUGCCCUACGAUACCCUGACAGCCAAAGAGAAAGCCAAGGACAGAGAGAAAGCGCAAGACAUCCUCAAGUUCUUGCAGAUCAAUGGUUAUGUUGUGUCCAGAGGAUUUAAGGACCUGGAAUUGGACACACCUUCUAUUGAGAAACGAUUUGCUUACAGUUUCCUCCAACAACUCAUCCGUUACGUGGAUGAGGCCCAUCAGUACAUCCUGGAGUUUGAUGGUGGCAGCAGAGUCAAAGGAGAACACUUCCCCUAUGAGCAAGAAAUCAAGUUCUUUGCCAAAGUGGUUCUUCCUUUAAUUGAUCAGUAUUUCAAAAACCAUCGGUUAUACUUCUUAUCUGCAGCAAGCAGACCUCUCUGCUCCGGAGGACACGCAUCGAACAAAGAGAAAGAAAUGGUGACUAGCCUAUUCUGCAAACUUGGAGUUCUUGUCAGGCAUAGGAUUUCACUAUUUGGGAAUGAUGCAACGUCGAUUGUCAACUGUCUCCAUAUUUUGGGUCAGACUUUGGAUGCAAGGACUGUGAUGAAGACAGGCCUGGAGAGUGUUAAAAGUGCCCUCAGAGCUUUUCUGGACAAUGCCGCUGAGGACCUGGAGAAGACCAUGGAAAAUCUCAAGCAAGGCCAGUUCACCCACACCCGAAACCAACCCAGAGGGGUCACUCAGAUUAUCAACUACACCACAGUGGCCCUGCUGCCAAUGCUGUCAUCAUUAUUUGAACAUAUUGGCCAGCACCAGUUCGGAGAAGACCUCAUAUUGGAAGAUGUCCAGGUCUCUUGUUACAGAAUUCUGACUAGUUUAUAUGCUUUGGGAACCAGCAAGAGUAUUUAUGUGGAGAGGCAACGCUCCGCCUUGGGAGAGUGUCUGGCCGCCUUUGCUGGGGCCUUUCCAGUAGCAUUUUUGGAAACUCAUCUCGACAAGCACAACAGUUACUCCAUCUACAACACGAAGUCUUCACGGGAGAGAGCAGCUCUCAGUCUGCCAGCCAGCGUGGAGGACGUGUGUCCCAACAUACCGUCCCUGGAGAAGCUCAUGGAGGAAAUUGUGGAGUUGGCCGAGUCGGGCAUUCGCUACACGCAGAUGCCGCACGUCAUGGAGGUCAUCCUGCCCAUGCUGUGUAGCUACAUGUCCCGCUGGUGGGAGCACGGCCCUGAGAACAACCCCGAGAGGGCCGAGAUGUGCUGCACGGCGCUCAACUCCGAGCACAUGAACACGCUGCUGGGGAACAUCCUGAAAAUUAUAUAUAACAAUCUGGGGAUCGAUGAGGGAGCCUGGAUGAAGCGGUUGGCAGUGUUUUCCCAGCCGAUUAUAAAUAAAGUGAAACCCCAGCUCUUGAAAACUCAUUUCUUGCCAUUAAUGGAGAAACUCAAGAAAAAGGCGGCGCUGGUGGUGUCCGAGGAAGAGCAUAUGAAAGCUGAGGCCCGGGGGGACAUGUCGGAGGCCGAGCUCCUCAUCCUGGACGAGUUCACCACGCUGGCCAGAGAUCUCUACGCCUUCUACCCUCUCUUGAUCAGAUUUGUGGACUACAACAGGGCAAAGUGGCUAAAGGAGCCGAACCCAGAAGCAGAGGAACUCUUCCGGAUGGUGGCCGAAGUGUUUAUCUACUGGUCAAAGUCCCACAAUUUCAAAAGAGAAGAGCAGAACUUCGUUGUACAGAAUGAAAUCAACAAUAUGUCUUUCCUUAUCACGGACACCAAGUCCAAGAUGUCAAAGGCAGCAGUUUCUGAUCAGGAAAGGAAGAAGAUGAAGCGUAAAGGGGACCGGUAUUCCAUGCAGACCUCUCUGAUCGUCGCGGCGCUGAAGCGGCUGCUGCCCAUUGGGCUGAACAUCUGCGCCCCUGGGGACCAGGAGCUCAUCGCUCUGGCCAAAAAUCGAUUUAGUCUGAAAGAUACGGAGGAUGAAGUGCGAGAUAUAAUCCGGAGUAAUAUUCAUUUACAAGGCAAGUUGGAGGACCCUGCGAUUAGAUGGCAGAUGGCUCUAUACAAAGACUUGCCAAACAGGACUGAUGAUCCUGCAGAUCCGGAGAAGACGGUAGAAAGAGUAUUGGACAUAGCAAACGUGCUUUUUCACCUCGAGCAGGUGGAGCACCCUCAGAGGUCUAAAAAGGCUGUUUGGCACAAGCUGCUCUCUAAACAGAGGAAGAGGGCAGUCGUGGCCUGCUUCCGAAUGGCGCCCUUAUAUAAUCUGCCAAGGCAUCGGGCUGUCAAUCUCUUUCUUCAGGGAUACGAAAAGUCUUGGAUCGAGACAGAAGAACAUUACUUUGAGGAUAAGCUGAUAGAAGAUUUAGCAAAACCUGGGGCCGAACCUCCGGAAGAAGAUGAAGGCGCUAAGAGAGUGGACCCGUUGCAUCAGCUGAUCCUUCUGUUUAGCCGAACGGCUUUGACCGAGAAAUGCAAACUGGAGGAAGAUUUUUUAUACAUGGCUUAUGCAGACAUUAUGGCUAAGAGUUGUCACGAUGAGGAGGAUGAUGACGGUGAAGAGGAGGUGAAGAGUUUUGAAGUCACAGGAUCCCAACGCAGCAAGGAAAAGGAAAUGGAAAAGCAAAAGCUUCUAUACCAGCAAGCCCGACUCCACGAUCGUGGUGCAGCCGAGAUGGUGUUGCAGACCAUCAGUGCCAGCAAAGGUGAAACUGGACCGAUGGUAGCUGCCACUUUGAAACUUGGAAUUGCUAUUUUAAAUGGUGGGAAUUCCACAGUACAGCAGAAAAUGCUUGACUACCUCAAGGAGAAAAAGGACGUGGGCUUCUUUCAGAGCCUGGCUGGCCUGAUGCAGUCCUGUAGCGUCCUUGACCUAAAUGCGUUUGAGCGACAAAACAAGGCUGAAGGACUUGGAAUGGUGACAGAGGAAGGAUCAGGAGAGAAGGUCCUGCAAGAUGAUGAAUUCACCUGUGACCUCUUUAGAUUCCUGCAACUGCUCUGUGAGGGACACAACUCAGAUUUUCAAAAUUAUCUGAGAACUCAGACCGGCAAUAAUACAACUGUCAACAUAAUCAUCUCCACCGUAGACUACCUGCUCAGAGUUCAGGAAUCAAUUAGCGACUUCUAUUGGUAUUACUCUGGGAAAGACGUAAUUGAUGAGCAAGGUCAACGCAAUUUCUCCAAAGCCAUCCAAGUAGCAAAACAAGUCUUUAACACUCUCACAGAGUAUAUUCAGGGUCCUUGCACCGGGAACCAGCAAAGCCUGGCCCACAGCAGACUGUGGGACGCGGUGGUGGGUUUUCUUCACGUGUUCGCCCACAUGCAGAUGAAGUUGUCUCAGGAUUCCAGUCAAAUUGAGCUGUUAAAAGAGUUAAUGGAUCUCCAGAAGGAUAUGGUGGUCAUGCUGCUGUCCAUGUUGGAAGGUAAUGUUGUUAAUGGAACCAUUGGCAAACAGAUGGUCGAUAUGCUCGUGGAGUCUUCCAACAAUGUAGAAAUGAUUCUCAAAUUUUUUGACAUGUUCUUAAAACUGAAGGAUCUGACAUCUUCCGAUACAUUUAAAGAAUACGACCCUGAUGGCAAAGGAGUCAUUUCCAAGAGGGACUUCCACAAGGCGAUGGAGAGCCACAAGCACUACACGCAGUCGGAGACGGAGUUUCUCUUGUCUUGCACGGAGAUGGAUGAAAACGAAACCCUUGACUAUGAAGAGUUUGUCAAACGGUUCCACGAACCUGCCAAGGACAUCGGCUUCAACGUGGCUGUCCUUCUGACCAAUCUUUCCGAGCACAUGCCCAAUGACACCCGGCUGCAGACGUUCCUGGAACUGGCAGAGAGUGUGCUGAACUAUUUCCAGCCCUUUCUGGGCCGCAUCGAGAUCAUGGGCAGUGCCAAACGCAUCGAGAGGGUUUACUUUGAAAUCAGUGAGUCCAGCCGGACCCAGUGGGAGAAGCCCCAGGUCAAGGAGUCUAAGAGACAGUUCAUAUUCGACGUGGUCAACGAAGGGGGAGAAAAAGAGAAGAUGGAGCUCUUUGUGAACUUCUGCGAGGACACCAUCUUCGAAAUGCAGCUGGCGGCCCAGAUCUCAGAGUCGGAUUUGAAUGAGAGGUCGGCGAAUAAAGAAGAAAGUGAGAAGGAGAGGCCGGAGGAGCAGGGGCCCAGGAUGGGUUUCUUUUCCAUUCUGACCGUCAAAUCGGCCCUGCUGGCUCUCAGGUGCAACGUCUUAACUCUCAUACGGAUGCUCAGUAUCAAGAGCCUCAAGAAACAGAUGAAAAAAAUGAAAAAGAUGACGGUGAAAGACAUGGUCACGGCCUUCUUUUGCUCCUACUGGAGUCUUUUUAUGACCCUCCUGCACUUCGUGGCCAGCGUUUUCAGGGGCUUUUGCCGUAUUGUUUGUAGCCUGCUACUGGGGGCCAGCUUAGUGGAGGGCGCUAAGAAGAUCAAGGUGGCGGAACUCUUAGCCAACAUGCCAGACCCCACUCAGGAUGAGGUCAGAGGGGACGGGGAGGAGGGAGAGAGGAAGCCCAUGGAGGCCGCCCUGCCUUCGGAAGAUCUGGCCGACUUGAAGGAACUGACCGAAGAGAGUGACCUCCUUUCGGACAUUUUUGGCUUGGAUUUGAAGCGAGAAGGGGGACAGUACAAAUUAAUCCCUCACAAUCCCAAUGCUGGCCUCAGCGACCUGAUGAGCAACCCGGUCCCCAUUCCCGAGGUGCAAGAAAAAUUUCAGGAACAGAAGGCAAAAGAUGAAGAAAAAGAAGAGAAAGAAGAAACCAAAUCUGAACCUGAAAAAGCCGAGGGCGAAGAUGGAGAAAAGGAGAAGCCCAGAGACGACAAGUCUAAACAGAAGUUGAGGCAGCUCCACACACACAGAUACGGAGAGCCAGAAGUUCCAGAGUCCGCGUUCUGGAAGAAAAUCAUAGCGUAUCAACAGAAACUUCUAAACUAUUUUGCUCGCAACUUUUACAACAUGAGAAUGUUAGCCUUAUUUGUCGCAUUUGCAAUCAAUUUCAUCUUGCUCUUUUACAAGGUCUCCACUUCUUCUGUGGUUGAAGGAAAGGAGCUCCCCCCUCGAAGUUCCAGUGAGAAUACCAGAGUCACCAGCCUGGACAGCAGCUCCCCCAGGGUCAUCGCCGUCCACUACGUCCUGGAAGAGAGCAGCGGCUACAUGGAGCCCACGCUGCGCAUCUUGGCCAUUCUCCACACCGUGAUCUCUUUCUUCUGCAUCAUUGGUUACUACUGCUUGAAAGUCCCACUGGUUAUCUUUAAGCGAGAGAAAGAAGUAGCUCGGAAAUUGGAAUUUGACGGGCUUUAUAUUACAGAGCAGCCUUCGGAGGACGAUAUCAAAGGGCAGUGGGACCGACUCGUGAUCAACACACAGUCAUUUCCCAACAACUACUGGGAUAAAUUUGUGAAAAGAAAGGUAAUGGAUAAAUACGGAGAGUUCUAUGGCCGAGACAGGAUCAGUGAGUUACUUGGCAUGGACAAAGCUGCCCUUGACUUCAGUGAUGCCCGGGAAAAGAAGAAGCCAAAGAAAGACAGCUCCUUAUCGGCUGUACUGAACUCUAUUGAUGUGAAGUAUCAGAUGUGGAAACUAGGAGUUGUUUUCACGGACAACUCCUUCCUCUACCUGGCCUGGUACAUGACCAUGUCCGUUCUCGGACAUUAUAACAACUUUUUUUUUGCCGCCCAUCUUCUUGACAUCGCUAUGGGAUUCAAGACGCUGAGAACCAUCUUGUCCUCAGUCACGCACAACGGCAAACAGCUCGUCUUAACGGUCGGCUUGUUAGCUGUCGUCGUAUACCUGUAUACUGUGGUGGCCUUCAACUUUUUCAGAAAAUUCUACAAUAAAAGUGAAGAUGGCGACACACCAGACAUGAAGUGUGACGACAUGCUGACAUGCUACAUGUUCCACAUGUAUGUGGGGGUACGUGCUGGCGGGGGCAUCGGGGAUGAGAUUGAAGACCCCGCGGGAGACGAGUAUGAGAUCUACCGAAUCAUCUUUGACAUCACUUUCUUCUUCUUCGUAAUUGUCAUUCUGUUGGCCAUAAUACAAGGUCUAAUUAUUGAUGCUUUUGGAGAACUAAGAGACCAGCAGGAACAGGUCAAAGAAGACAUGGAGACCAAAUGCUUCAUCUGUGGAAUAGGCAAUGAUUACUUUGACACAGUGCCACACGGCUUUGAAACCCACACCUUGCAGGAGCACAACUUGGCCAAUUAUCUGUUUUUUCUGAUGUAUCUCAUAAACAAAGAUGAAACAGAACACACAGGACAGGAAUCUUAUGUCUGGAAGAUGUAUCAGGAGAGGUGCUGGGAAUUUUUCCCAGCAGGAGAUUGUUUCCGGAAACAGUAUGAAGACCAGCUCAAUUAA